GCUUCUUCUUCUUCUUUGAGUAGAUCCUGUUGUUGAGUGCUAUGUUGAAUUGGUUGAGUUUGUCAAUAUGUGGAAGGAAGUCUGUAUUGAACCUUUGUAAUGCUGUUUUCCCAGUUGUCCAUUGCUUCUUUAGCUUCAGUUUAUUCUUCGUGACUAGACUACAGUAGCAUCUCUCCCGAAUCUAACUUUUUCUGUUUAACUUGGGUUCAAUGGGUUUCAUUUAUUCUAAGAACUACCAAAUUGUAUCUUCUCACUUUCCGGAGAAUCUAGGCCUUCUCUAGCAAGCGCCAUCACUCUUCUAAGUAUAGAACCUCCGAAUUUCGAGGUGAGUUUGAAUGGUUAAAGUUCUUUUCUGUGGGACAUAAUCUCUAACCACAAGUUUAACCCGUUUCCUUUAUCUGGGCUUGGGAUAAGCAGAAACCCUAGAAGGGCUCUAGGUGGAGUUUAUCAUUUAUGUUUACACCAUUAUAUAUUGUUCAUUUUGUAGCUUCUCCCCAGGCUAUCACUAAACUGUAUCAUAUUAAGUCCACGUGGACAUCGGCAACUAUAUUUUGGAAGCCAGGUGGAUAUCAUAGCUCAUCAGUGAAUAUGUCAUACCAAGAUCUCUUAAACAAUUCAGUCGAUGGAAUUCGAAACAAAAUUCAAAAUUCAUUAUCCAUUUGGCUUAAAAACAUUCAGGAUAUGCAACAAUAUUCUGUUACUUUGGAAGAUCAUGGAAUUACUUCUUUUUUAACGAAUGGAACCGAAUCACAUUUACUAGAUCCUUCCGAGUCACUGAACAACUCAGAUAACUUUAAUGGUCCAUUUUCAGUUCAUUCAAGUGACACUGACUUAUCAAAUAUCAAGGGGAGAAAGACCAACAAAAGAAAGAUAUUACAAAAUGAAUUUCUAAUAAAUACUGAAGGACAAAAUUACAUCAAUAUAAGCGAUACUAUUGGCCUACAAACAUAGAAAGUAAAUCAAACAUAAAUUUCAAUAAGAAUAAAGCUACAUAAUAUCUGGUCACCAAUUUUUUAAAUUUUCUGGACCCCGUUGAGUUCAAGAACCAAUGAUUUUAUGGUUCAAAACCCAUCUUCAUCUGAACAAAGCUGAUUCUUGGUCAUCAACCGAGGUGGAGAACUACGAACUAAGUUUAAUGCCAAAUCACCUGUAUACCGUGACAAUUUCAAGAAUAAAUAAACAUGGAAAGAGUAAACCAUCUAAGCCACUGGCUUUCAGAACAAAAUUUCUUCACCUUGAACUUCCCGGUCCUAUACAUUUAGAGGAAACGAAAGAACUAAUACAAUUUUCCAAAGGUAAUCCAGCUCUCUGUGCUCAAGUUGAAGUAGGUACCAUCAACAAUGAUAGUAGUAGCAGUAGUAGUACGAGUACUACUACAUGGAAUUCAAUACAUUUUUCAUCAAAUUAUUCACCUUAUAUCAUUAUAAAUAAAAAUAUAUUCCAUUCUGAAACAAACAACCGAUAUAUAGAGUUAAGUAAUUGUAAACCAUUAUCAUGGGAUCACUAUACAGAAAUUCCAAUCACAUUACAAAAUAAAUUUCAUUUUCGAGCAAGAUAUUGUAUUUAUGGAUAUAGCACAAUGUGUACAGAAUAUAUCAAACCGAUCAAAGAUAUUUCAAUGCACAUAGUCAUUGUAGCUGCUCUACUGUGUAUUACAUUAGUAGUAUCAUUAAGUAGUAUGUUUGUUUAUCUUAUGUGCAAGCAUAUGAAAAAAGAUUACAUUUAGUUGAUAACAAUAAUAUCAAAAUAAAUCAAAUCAUCAACCUAAUCACCAGCCAACGUUUAUAUAAUAAUCAACAUAGUAUUUAUCAUAAAACUGAAUGAAUAUCAUUACUGCUUAUGAACUUAUUAAAUUUCAAGCAUUUGCUGGUUUAAUACAAUUUGGCUAAUUAACUUGACCAGUUUAUUUUAGUAUUGAUGAAUAUGAUACGAAAUUGGACAAUUUAUACAAUAAACUAAUGACUUCCUAGCAAAUCAGUUUACUAUGAAUUACGGUUGAAAGUUGAAAAAUAUUCCAUUCCUUUUGUGUAAAAAAAAUUAAUCGUCUUCAAUUGUUUUGUUUUGUUUUGUUUUGUAUCUUAACACAGAACGUCUUGUAUUUAUUACCUUUAAUUUCAUUAGCAAUAUUGAUGUCAUUUCAACGUGAGCUAAUUAGAGAUUAUGUUGUUAAUUUGAUAUGAUUUCAUAUUAAAAACAUUUGCUGAUGUCGACUGUUUGUUGUAGUUAAAUGAAAUGACUUAAAUAGUGGGGUUUUAACACCAUUUAGUAGAAAAAAAUAUAUUCAAAAUCAAGGGAAAUCAUUUUUCAACAGUUGAGAUCAU